AGUCAGCCUGAGAGGUGCGCAUAGUCCUCUCCUUCACCGCCUUCCCGAAAAAGCAACCCCGCGCCACCAAUACGACUGCAGUCGAGUCCCCAUACAAACACACACACAUUCACACACACAUCACAGCUGUCCAGCAGAAUAGUGCGGUCUCGCCCCCUCGCAGCUGUCUUCUCGCACGCUACAAGGAAAACUUCACCCACAACUCCUUUAUUCUCUCUACCGUUUUCCCUUCAUUUUUUUUUCCAAUUCAUAGAAGUGAAAAGCACCGGCCUUUCUUUCCAUACAAGCACGUCGUCUACAAACACACACACACACUCACUCGUUCAUCUAUCCCUCUAUCUACGGCAACCUGCUUUUUUAACUCCGGCUCUCACGAAUCAAUUUGAAAAGAAAAAAUGCUUGCUUCCCAGGCCGGUAGUAACUUUAGUGCGGCGGCGGCGUCCAACAACGGCGGUCAGCCGCCGCAGCGCCGUCAGCACCCUAUUCGUCCCCUCACCAUCAAACAACUCUUGGAGGCGCAGAGCGUCGGCGGUGGUGUGAUGGUCGUCGACGGGCGCGAGGUGACGCAGGCGACCGUAGUGGGUCGUGUCAUCGGCUACGAGAACGCGAACAUGGCCGCCGGCGGUGGCGCCAUCACGGCGAAGCACUUCGGCUACCGCAUCACCGACAACACGGGCAUGGUGGUGGUCCGCCAGUGGAUCGACGCGGACUGCGCGCAGGAGCCGAUCCCGCUGAACACCCACGUGCGGGCCUCGGGCACGGUGAACGUGUGGCAGCAGGCGCCGAUCGUGACGGGGACGGUGGUGGCCAUGGCGGACAGCAAUGAGAUGAACUACCACAUGCUCGACGCCAUCCUUACCCACUUCCGUCUGACGCAGGGCAACAAGCGCACGCCGGGCGGCGGGGCGUCGGUGCAGAACUCGGCCUCUGCGGUGGGCGUACAGAACAUGCUCCCCGGCGGUGACAACAAGGUGCUGCUGACAGACUUGCUCGUGUCCUUCAUUAAGCAGAACGGCAACGGUGAUGCCGGGAUGUCGAUGGAUGAGCUCACCAUGGCGGCGCAGCGGUACAGCUUCACGCCGGGCGAUGUCCGCACGGCGAUGCGCACGCUGGCGGCGGAAGGCAAGGUGUACCAAACCCACGACAACCGCUUUAACAUUUAA